AUGGCAACGACGCUGAAAGUCCUCAUCUUUAGAGGUACGCCAGAUGGGCCAUCAUCCCGACAUACGGCUCUUUUCAUCGAGACGAGCAAUGGUUCAAAUUUGAUGGUGCACAUUAUCGGCCAAGCGCCUUAUUUUACUAAAGCUAUGAAGGAGAACAUUGAACCGAGACAAUCUACAAAGUUUCUCAAUGAGAUAUCCGUGGCGACGAUCACCGGCAAAACCAUUGCACAAAUCGGAGCGGUGUUAUAUUCCACACCAAUCCAGAGCAGCAGUGGCUGGAAUUGUCACAACUGGGUCCGCGACGCGCUCCAGCGCCUCGUAGACAAGCAUUGGAUUAUUGCGAGUGAGCAAUCCCUGGCAGUGACUAGAAUGAUGAAUGUGGUGAACGGAUCAUAG